CGGGGGACGCUGUUUUGAGUGGGGGGCGCAGAAUCUUGCCUUUUCCAGUUUUCUCUCUUAAAGUGUUUAUAUCUGCCUUACACGGCUAAUAGCGCCACAUUAACUGCAGCUUUUUGUUUAGCAAUGAAGAAAAGAGCGAAAACCACAUUGCGGAGGGCAACACUGUAAACUGCUUUAAUACGCGACUCACACCUCAUGCUGUUGAGUGAGAAGAAGCUAAUCUUCAAAUCUGGCUUACAUCAUUGAAAGAAUGAACAGGUCUGGGAAGAUUUCAGGUCACCACCACCACUCCAGAGGAGCAAAAGCUGACGUGUCUGUGAGCAGGCCUAGGAUGAAGAAAAAAGGCUCGCAUAAGCAUAAGCACAGGCAUCAUGUGGGUCCUAGCAUCCUGGUUACCCCACCUAGACGAAAUAUUGUUGGCUGCAGGAUAAAACACAAAUGGAAAGAAGAUUGUUACAGUCCUAUAUCACAUUGGAGUGGGACAGUCCUAGACCAAGUUGCAGUAAACCCGUCUCUCUACCUCAUUAAGUACGAUGGCUUUGACUGUGUAUAUGGCCUGGAGAUUCUUAGAGAUGAGAGGGUUCAAGAUCUUGAAAUCUUACCUGACAAAAUCGCCUCAUAUCGAAUAAGUGACACUCGUCUAGCUGAGAUGAUCUUGGGUCGAGCUGUGGAGCACCAGUUUGAGAUGGGUGAUGGAUCAAAGAAUGGCUGGAGGGGGUUAGUGCUUGCCACAGCACCCAUGAUGCCCACAUGGUUUUUCAUUACCUAUGAGAAAGACCCUGUACUUUACUUGUACCAGCUUCUGGAAGACUACAAAGAGGGUGACCUUCGUAUACUUCCAGACUCGGAUGACCCUGUUAAAGCUAUGGAGCCAGGUGAAGUUGUUGAGAGCCUUGUUGGAAAGCAAGUGGAGUACGUGAAAGAGGAUGGCACGCAGAGGAUCGGCACAGUUAUUCAUCAGGUUAAGGCCAAACCAUCGGUGUACUUUAUUAAGUUUGAAGAUGACUAUCACAUUUAUGUAUAUGAUAUGGUUUGAUUCUGUGUAAUGUGAUAGAUUGAACUUGAGUUUUAAUAGGUCAUUCAAUAGAUAUUGCGCAGUUAUUCUAAAUUUUCCACUUCUCUGCGAUUUUCCAUUUGUCAGUUAAGACCAACGUUAAAGUUUGGCUCUCAUUUAUAAAUGGUAUGUACAGAAAAUGUAUUUAGAGUUUGUAGUUCAGUUCACUAUUGGCAGGUGUUACUAAAGCACUAAACCACUUUUUCUCAUGCCAGUUUACACAGAAUGCUUGACACAUGUUGCCGGAUCUCAUGCUGUGUUCACAUUCCCUGAUUGUACAAGUUUUAUAUGUACGCACACAAGCAGCGCCGUGAUGGCCUGUUUCUACAUCCUGUUUCCCAUUCUGGGUAUUGACCCUUUUGCUUGCAUUUGUUAAAUUAUUUCCUGGUGGUUUUUUUUUUCUUUUUUUGUUAUUUUUGGAAAUUUAACAUGUGCCUUUAAACUGGAAAUACUGCUGCCCUCGUUU